AUGUCGUCUCAGCAAUUUGAAGAAUUCACAGCUCAAAGUUACUCCACGAGCAACCAGACCGAUCCCGAAUUCAGACAACUCGCGAUAGACGUUCUUGAUGAAAACUAUCGAGAUAUUGUUACGAGAGCAGUUGUACGAAUUCUUGAUACUGAAAUAGCAGAAAAAACAUAUGCUCAAAUUAUCGAUGGACUACCCCUGGGCGAGGUCGCGUUUGAAUCAAGAGGAGGAAUGCCUCACCAAGAUCAUCCUAUCAAUCAUUGCCACGACGAGCUUUGCGCGGGGAUUUUAGACAAGGCACGCGAGUUCCGCGAUAAAUUUGACCCCUUUGUACUAAAAUUCGACUCCAAACUUCUGUUCGCAUAUCAAGCUGCUUCUGCAGGAUCACGAUCCUCCAAUACACGUCUCAUCGAGAUAAUUGCGAUAGCAGUCCAUCAGAUUGCUGUAACCCUCUUCAGUCUUGAGGAGGGUUUGCACAAGAACGAUGGUGUCAUUGAAUGGGCACCACCAAAGUCAGACAAGAUCUGGUGGUCACAUUGCCCAAAUGGGCCUGAACCUACAAUGUUCUUCCACCCUUGGUAUUUAAGUCACGAUAGGUAUCCCAACGGGGUAGCGGACAUGGCUGGGUAUUGGGCUGAAUCCCGAAUUCUCGGUGGCGUCGUUUUAUUCGACCGUCGCCAGCCAGUACCAGGCUCUAGCGUGGACCAGGAUGCUAUAUACAUCCACCCUGACAGAGACGACAUAACUUAUAGAAUCUGUCGUUUGACAUCCGAGCAAAAGCUUCAGCUACUCAAGUUUCUCACUGCCGAUGAGCCAGGCCAGAAUCCUCUGCCGAUUCUGCCUAGCGAGAAGAACGAUUACCGCAUUGACCCGGAAGAGUCUCCUGAGGACACUGGGAUAUACAGGGAUAUAUGGGAUCGCUCAAAACUUCGUGAAGAUGCUUAUGACCAAAGGCUAAGGGACGUUUGGAAUAAAGUGGAUUAUCUCACUCACAGUGACAAAGGCAACGCUGGAGACCGAGCACUGGAGAGAAGAAAUAGGAUAUUCUACGCAUAUUCUGACGACGAGGCCUGAUAAGCGUUUAUAGACAAACUCAU